AUGCCGUGCGAGCAGCAGGAGAGCGCCGCUGCCACCGCGCGGUACGUGGUGGGGGUGGACGUGGGCAGCACGGUGCUCAAGUGCCACGUCUAUGACCAGGCGGCCGCCGUCAGAGGCUCCAGCUGCAGGAAGGUGGAAUCGCUUUAUCCUCGUCCUGGCUGGGUUGAAUUAGAUCCUGAAGUGCUGUGGAGUCAAUUUGUUGGUGUAAUAAAAGAGGCUGUACAAGCUGCAGGACUUCACAUGAGGCAAAUUGCUGGUCUGGGCAUCUCAACGCAGAGAGCAACUUUCAUUACGUGGCACAAGAAGACAGGGAAACCUUUUCAUAAUUUCAUAAGUUGGCAAGAUGUAAGAAGUGCUGAACUUGUGGAUUCCUGGAAUAAGUCCCUUCUGUUGAAGGUAAUACAUGUUAUUUUUACAGUGCUUCAUUUCUUGACUGGGAGUGAUCGCUAUUUGGCACCAAGUUUUCUUAAUUUUUCAACACAUCAAACUUCUAUGAAGUUGUCAUGGGUUUUUAAAAACAUAUAUGAGGCUGAAGAAGCUGCCAGAAAAAAUGAUUGCUGCUUUGGAACAGUUGACACGUGGUUAUUGUAUAGGCUGACUAAAGGUUCUGUGUAUGCUACAGAUUACUCAAAUGCCAGUGCUACAGGUGUUUUUGAACCCUUUACGAAAUGUUGGAACCCCACUUUGUGUCAUUUGCUUUCUAUUCCAAUGUCUAUUUAUCCACCGGUGAAAGACACAAGCUUCAACUUUGGAUCAACUGAUUGUGAAAUAUUUGGGGUACCUAUUCCAAUAAUGGCAAUGGUAGCUGAUCAGCAGUCAGCUAUGUUUGGAGAAUGCUGCUUUCAGCCAGGAGAUGUUAAACUGACCAUGGGAACAGGUGGAUUCUGGAAUGUGAAUACUGGCCAGCAGCUCUUUGCGUCACGGAGAGGUCUGUAUCCACUGAUUGGUUGGAAGAUUGGGGAAGAAGUUGUUUACUUGACCGAAGGCUGUAUGUCAGACAUUGGCUCUGCCAUCAGAUGGGCUCAGGAUAUAAAUCUUUUCACCAGUGUAGAUGAAACAGAAAAGAUGGCAUGGAGUAUUGUUGAUUCUCAAGGCGUUUGUUUUGUUCCAGAUUUUCAGGUUUCUGUGAAUGACCCUCUUCUCUGUGCCUCUUUCAUGGGGCUGAAACCUUCCACUACCAGAAACCAUCUCGUACGAGCUAUAUUGGAAUCUGUAGCUUUUCGAAACAAACAGCUUCAUGAUAUGAUUGUGAAGAAGGUACGCAUUCCUCUUCAAACUAUUCGAGCUGAUGGAGGCAUCAGUAAUAAUAGUUUUGUCAUGCAGAUGACAUCAGAUUUAAUUAAUAAGAGGAUAGAAAAACCUGCAAACGCAGACAUGUCUAGUCUUGGUGCAGCUUUUCUAGCGGGCCUGGCUUCAGGAUUUUGGACUGAUAAAGAACAACUAAAGAAGCUGAGGCAAGUAGAAGCAGUUUUUGAGCCCCAGAAGGGCUCAGAGGAAUACAAACCUGCUAUGGAUACUUGGCUGCAAGCAGUGAAACGCUCCCUGCACUGGUAG